UCAAACAGAAUGUUAAAAAAUGCUUUUCCUCAGAGAGGAUGAUGUAUGUUAUGUAUGAUAUACUGUAAUAUCAGCACUUUGCAGUGUAUUAUUGUCAGGUAUUGGCAAUUCUUAUGACAUCAAUAUCACUAUCAGGUUAGAGUGUAACGUUCGAUAUAGUUACAUUUGAAAUGUAUUCAAUAUGUAGCUACAUUUGAAAAUGCGGAAAAACUUUACUCAUACGUUUUGAACUCACCAGUGAAAUCCAUCUUGACGAGACACCUUCACCAGCAGCAUUGGACAUUCACAUAACGAACAAAACAUGUGAUGCGGCAAAAGACCUCUCCUUUGCAUCCAUAACACAGUUUUUUGUUUGUGUUUCAGUGAGUUCUUUGCGCGCAACAAUUGGGGAUGAUGAGCCGAAGAAAGGCAGCUUCAGCCACCACUAACAUCAACAAGGAUGUAUCUCAAAAUAUUGUCCCUGCUUCCCCAACUGGCGUUCACGAGGUGAGACAGCUACAGCAGCUUCUUGACUUAGAGAGGGAAAAAGGGGCCCUACGAGAUGAAACCAUUAAAAUCCUGAAAGAUGACAAAGCCUUCCUCCAGGGAGAACUGUCCAAGAAGGAUGAAUUCAUUCGCAAUGUCAUCAUUGUCAAAAAAGAACAAGAAUCUGGUCCCAGCUGCUCAAAUGUAAAGCAGAUGACCCCUUCAAUGCCUUCCAAAAUGGAUAUUUCUGAUCAGUCAGCUGAUGAUUCAGAUGAGACCUCUGCCCUUUCCGACUCUUCAAUUGAUUCAGCUCCUAAGAGAGGCCCAGUGGAUUUGGUUCUCAAAAGAGGCCCAGAGAAACGGAAGAGAUGCGCUUCGAAACACUCACCUUCACACAGAGAUGGGAAAGCAGCCACAGCCAGUGACAUGCUCUGUCGUGUAAGAGUGAGAAACACCAGAAGCAUCAUUGCCAGAUAUAAGUUGGCUCUUCAAGCCUUCAAGCAGGGAAAUUCUAUGAGGGCUGCUUUUGACUCUGUUGGACUGGACCGCACAACAAUUGCCCGUACUGCUCCAGUCGCCGAGUUGCACCUGGCAGCGCCAGAUGUGCUAAAGGGUUUAGGCCCCUGGAACGAGAAGGUGGAGAAGCUGUCCUCUUUUGUUGAGAGGUGCCGUUCUGUCAUGACCACUGAUAUUAAAAAUAAGAUAUCACAAAUGAAAAUAGACGGAGAGCUGUUGCCCAUUGCUGGUUAUAAGUAAAGUUACUCAAUGUCGCUGCUCCACCUUUUGGUCUUCUGUUGUUCAUUUGUUCAAGCAUGGCGCUAGAAAUGCUCAAGUUGUGGUUUUGAUUCCCACUGGGACCGUGUUAAUAUUUGCACUCAAAAUACCUUUGAAAGUUUUGGGAUAACAGCUAAGUAGAUAAAUAGCAUAUAUUUUUUAUGAAAACAACUUGUGGUCUUUGGUUGCGCAUUUGUUGUAUGGUUGUUGUUGUGUUAUUCUAUUUUAGUUUUUGUCACAAAGGUCUUGGUAGCCAGUUUAUAUUUUGUUUUAUUUAAUUUUGAAUGAGUGAAAAAACUAAAUGGUAAGGUUGUAAGAAAUGUGAAAAGUGAAGGGGCCUGAGUACUAUCCAAAUACACUGUAUAUUGGCCAUAUAACUCUGGCCUGUUUUUGUCACGCAAUGUCUUUGACUUUUCUUGCCUUUCCUUUUUGGACUAUUUAUGGUCAAAUAUUCUAAAAGCCAAAUUGCCAACCAGAAUUUUGUGGCCAUGUAUUUUAUGAUUCUCAAAUGGAA